AUGGCGGAGGGACGGAAGGAAUAUGUUUGGUAUCCUGCAGAGGACAAGGACGAAUGGCGCUUGUGCCAGCUCUUGAGCAGGACACCCGGCGGCGGCACCAGCCUGCGCUUCAACCAGAAGGAGCUCCUGGUACCACCAGAGGAAGUGAAGUUGAUUUGUCCCCGCGAUGGAUCUGGGCAACAGAAUUUGGCAUCUCUUGAGAAGGACGGACUUGGAGAUGAUCGAGUGGAGGAUGCCAUCCGGAACCAAUUCUGCAACCAGAAUCCGUAUUCCAAUAUCGACGAGAUCACGCUCUGCGUGAAUCCUUUCAGAUAUCUUCCCAUCUUCGAUGAGACCUUCAUCGACAAGUACGCGUCACUUGAUGCCAACUUGCCGCCCCACAUUUUCAACGCAACGGCCCGGGCAUACCAGCGAUCUAUGGCCAAGAAGGAAAAUCAAGUCUUGUGUUUGUUGGGUGAUCGUUCUUCGGGCAAAUCGAAAGCCUUGGAACAUCUCUUGUGUUUCUUGGGCCAGACGGCAGGAGACGGGGAUGAGGAGUUCAAGAGAGUGUUGGAGGUGCUUUGGCCCUUCCUGUCGAUCUCUUCCUCACUGGGCCGUCACACCUGGCUUUCCACGCGAGCCCUGCUGGAGGUGGAACUGGGUUUCGCAGCUGAUGGUUUCAUUUGUCACACGCAGUUGAAGGUCCGGUGCCUGGAAGCUCAUCGCGUGGCACAUCGUGGCGCUGCCAAGAACUUCGAUGUGCUGUACCUGGCGGCGAAGGAUGACGAUGCUGCGGAAUGGCUCGGGGAUUCUGUGGAAUUUCAAAUUCUCGGAGACGAGAUUGACUUCGAAGAGUACGACGAGUCCGGCGCAGCGCGGCAGCGCUGGAGAGCCGCCGUGGAUGCCGUGGAUGGGAUGGACCACAACGAACUGGUGCGUAUCCUUUGUGGUGUGAUCCUCCUUGGACAGAUUCAAUUCAGCGAUAGCCUGCAAUGUGAGCCUGCAGGCACCUUGGAUGCAGCCUCGAAAGCGCUGGGUGUGAACUCUGGAGCUCUGCUUGGAGCCUUGCUGCAAGGGAAGAUUUACCGCAUUUCAGGGCGACACCUCACGAUGAGCCGAGCGAAGAGUUUCAACGCGCUGCAGACGUUGAAAGCGGCCAUUGCAGCGAGGACCAAAAUCGCCACAACACGUCAGAAACUGCUGGUAGGACAUGAGUGGCUGACGGAACAGAUCUUGUUGGAAGCGAGGACACUGGAGGUUCUUCUGCUUUCCAGUCGCUGCUGCUGUCUGGUCACGCACUCCUCCAAUGCCCCUGCCAUAUGGGAUGCUGACGCCAAGACCUUGCUGCAGCCCAUUCUGGUGAAGGACACCAUGUUUCAGCAACCCUGCGAUGCCAUGUAUUUGGAUGAUGGUGAAGCCUACAUCUUGUUGAAAUCCGGACGCACAGAUCCUGAUGUGUACCGGCUCGAGCUGUGGCUUGCUUCGACGCCGGGUCCCGAUCGACCCGUUCGGCGAUUUGAGUUGCCUCCGCGCUGGCUGAACGAAUCGGUGGAGGGACAAUUUACACCGGACGGAGAAUUUGUGGUGGCCUGGUCCAUGGGCAACAUCCUCAUGUGGCGCACCACGGGUGAGGCGCACCUGACGGCCGAGGGGUCUCCCAUCGCCAUCGCCUUGGGCUUCGCGGUGCUGGGGACGACAGGCAUGUUCAAUCGUUCUAUUUUUCUGUGGGACUAUCAGUGUGGGCAACAGAUGCGCAAAUUAGACUACAAGGAGGGGAGCCUUGAUCAGACCGAAGCUUGCGUUUCCCAUUCUGGCGCAUACAUUGCACUGUGGUCCUAUGACAAGGUGCUUGAGAUCUUCCGCCAAAACGGAGAUUCUGCAGCACAUUGGCCGAAGAGCUUUGAUUUUCACGUGCUAAAUAUGGCAUUCUCACCGGAUGAGACGGAAAUUUUGGUGCAGUACCGGGAAAGUCCUCUGAAGCCCCGCAUCAUCCGCAUCGGAAGGGACAGAGACAGUCAUGAGACUAUUGCAGUGGUGAACGUGAACACCGAUGCUCCCACGUAUUUAUUCACAUCAGUGGGCUACACCGCGGACGGCCAAAGCUUCGUUUUGCUCCAAGCCUCGGGCGCGAUGAUACGCUUCAAGCGCAACACCUUGGAAGAAAAGCUGCCACGUACAGAGAAGCCACCGAAGGGGGUGGAUGUGAUGUGUUCCGGGAUUUGUCCGGAUUACAAUAUUUAUUUUCGUUGCGACAGAGAUGGGGUGGUGGAAUUGACUGAUUUGGAGUCUGGAAAUUUGCUGAUGUCGUCAGCAAGGGGCUUCGGUGAUGGCGGGUAUGGACCAAGAGUUUAG